AUGAGUUUAAACCGCAGAAAGCCUUUCAAAUACAAGCUUACGCGUACUCUUCGAGUUUCUAAAACUUCUCGUACCGAAAUCCCUCCAAAAACGCGUGCAUUCAUAGCUGGUGCAGCAUUACUCGGGAAUGUCAGCCACCACGCUAUUGCCGCAGCCCUCCACCGCGACCGCUCGGGUAUAUCAAAGCUUAUGAAGAGGAUAGAGGACAAGGCAGAGAGUGGGGGCUUCGACCUAUGGGACCCAGUCCUCUUUCAGGAUGACAUUGGGCGUGGGGGACCCGAGGUUCUGAGCCAGGAACAGAAGGAUGAGAUCGUCCGCAUCACAACGCAAGAUCGCAACCACCGCGAGGAGGAGCCAUGGCAGGCAAUAAAGCAUCGCCAGCUUCAUGCUAUCGCGCCUAAUCUGAGCAUUUCUACAUUUGAGAAUGUCAUGUAUAGAGCUGGUUACAAGCGCAGAAAGCCAGGCUGGAAACCACCACUUUCAUCUACCCAACGCCAAGAGCGAUUGAGAUGGGCCCUUGAGCACAACCCCGAUCGAUACGAGGUUGGUGAUGGACUUGGCUUUGACUUCCGCUGCGUGGUAUUUACUGACGAAACACCAGCUCGAGUGGGAGAAGAGAGAGGCAUGAUCCGUACAUGGGCGCGCGAUGAUGAAAUUUACAACGACGAUGUACGCCACGACCGCAAUCGUCGAGACUGCUGUAUACAAUUCUUUGGGGCUUUUAGAUACAACUUUAAAGGACCUUGUCAUUUAUACUUUCAUGAGACUCAAGAGGAGAAAGAGGUAGCGGAGGAGCUUCUAGAGUUGGAGAAUGCAGCCACUCGAACAUCCUCCAACCAUGCCCAACGAAGGGCCCGCGCAGCCCUCCAGGAGCUUGGUGAGGUAGAUAUAAACUUCGUACAUCUACUAGAAAGCUUGAGCAUAUCAAGAAACAUGACUAUCACCGCGGUAUUAGGUCAAGAGGAGGGGUGGAUGGGUAUCGCCACCGCGAAGGAGCUCUUAAGAAGGUCGCUCCAUGGAUUAACUCCCUCAAAAGUCGAGGAGUUGCAUGUUACUUACUUGAAGAUGGAGCUCCUCCUCACAAGUCUCGUAUUGCAAAUGACUACCUACAAGUUCAGAAGAUUGAGAAGAUGGCUUGGCCAGGUCACAGUCCAGAUGGGAACGCAUCUGAACAUGCCUGGUCAUGGCUGCGGCGUCAUGUGA